AUGAUUGAGUACAAACAGAAUUAUAAUAAUAAUAAUAAUAAUAAUAAUAAUAAUAAUAAUAAUAAUAAUAAUAAUAAUAAUAAUAAUAAUAAUAAUAAUAAUAAUAAUAAUAAUAAUAAUAAUAAUAAUAAUAAUAAUAAUAAUAAUAAUAAUUAUAAUAAUAUGAAUCAAUACCAAUCAAAUGAUAGAGAAAGGAAAGAUUUAUCUAUGCACUAUAUCAAAAAGAAAGGUUGA